CCGAGGGAAAGUGCGUGUGUGUGUUUGUGUGUGUGUGUGUGUGUGUGGGUGUGUGUGUGUGUGAUCAGAAAAUAAAGAUAGUCCGUUUGAUAUCGCGGGGUGUCCAGACACGUUCUGUGUGUGUGUUUGUGUGUGUGUGUGUGUGUGUGUAUGCGCGCGUGCGCGUCAUCAGGGGUUGGGGUUUGGGCGCGCGCGCGCGCUUCCUCCCGACGCCUCGCGCUGCUGACCGGCUGAUCGCGGAGGAAAGCUGUCACAUCGGCGCGACGAGUCAGUCAGCGGACGGACGGAGACCGGCGAGGAUGGAGGAGACGAGGGCGGGCUCGUGCACGAGGUGAGCGCAAAACAACAGCCGUGUACCUGUUUAGCAAGGCGGAGCGGAAUGCUAUAAAAAAUGUUAUUGUAAUGAUAAUAAUAAAAUAAUGAUCCAGCGCGAGUGACGGGAAGCAGUUGUGCUCUCCUCUGCGAGCUCCUUAAGGAAGAACUGCGACAUUAAAAUUCAUGUCCAUGCAAAUUCUCUCAUUUGUCGCUUCUUCUUCUUCUUCUUCAUCUUCAUCAUCUUCAUCAUCUUCUGCAUUCAUCGCUGUGAAAAAUCUGCGCACGGAAACGCCGCCGGUAACUGAGGUGGGGCAAGUGGCACGUAACCCCCCCUCCCCUGCCUCUCAUUGGCCUUCUAUACCAUGAACUCUGGCUCUGCCCAGGAUGUGGCGGUGGAGCAUUUCCUGCGUGACAUAGAAAGGCGGGGCCAGCGGUUGCACUGCGCUGUGAUUGGCUGUCAGGAGGCGCCUCUCCGUGGCGACAUGAACCUGCUGUACCGCAAGAGUCGACUGGACUGGAGACACCGAGACCAGGAGAGCAAGAAGAGCUGUAAAGAUGCCUCCUCAGCGACGGUGGGGAAGGUGCGUGACCUGGCAUCUUUCCGCCGUCAUUUCCGCAUGGGCUUCAUGACGAUGCCCGCAUCUCAGGACCUCUCGCCGCAUUCCUGCGCUGCCGCCAUGGCGCCGCGCUCUCAGUCAUGCCACGCUGUGGGCACUGGUGAGGGAGAGGGCCUUGAAAAUGGCGACGACCCUGACUCGGAUGCUCAGAUGCCCUCUCAAACUGGACGAUGUCCCCCGGCUAAGCCCAAACGUCACCCAAGUACCCGCCUCAGCUCCACGCCGCAGCAGGAGCAUCCAGUCCGUGGUGGACACGCACCACCAGACGCCCCUCCACCUCCACCACCCCAACACCCACCCAAACACCCUGAGAAGAAGAAUGCAAUGAAGAAGUCAGACUCCGGUGAAUUACUGGGUAGGAAGGUACCUCCCCAGAAGCCCAAACGGAGCCCGAGCACCCAACUGUCUUUUGAUGCUCCACCCCCUCGGCUUCCGCCCCCAGCCACACCCCUGCCAUUCCAGAGUGCUGAGAGCACUGGUGAUGAUGAGCCUGUAUACAUUGAGAUGGUGGGUCAAGUGUUCACCCGAGAGACACCUGGUGUGCCAACACCCUCGGCCACAACACCUGACUCUGACUCAGAUCCAGGCGAGGAAGCUAUCUAUGAGGAGAUGAAGUACCCAGUGGCUGAUGAUGCCCACCAGCGACGCCUCCCACCCAAACAUGAGCGUGCCAAGUCAUCAAAAUCCUACACGUCCUCCUCUGUCUCUUCUUCCUCCACAUCUUCUUCACUCCCUCGGCCCUCGUCCUCCUCACCCUCCUGCCCUUUGCCAUCCUCUAAGCCCAAAUCUGCCGUCUCCAUCUCUCACUCUUCCCCCUUACCUUCAUCCUGCUCUGCCUCUUCCACACCUGUACCUCAGCCUCUCUCAUCCUCACCACACCCUCCUCGAGCCCCUACCCCCUUCCUCUUACCAGGCACCAAAUCAGAGUCAGAGAUUGGCUCCAGUAAGAUCCCAGCACCUUUCCCCAACUUGCUUCAGCACAAGCCACCUCUGUUGGCUUUCCCACCCCCAAAGAGUGGCUCUGCCAAGCUGGGCUCCACCAGCAGCCCAUCACCAGCCAGCCUGCCACCCACUAUUGGCACUUCUGUUUCAAAGGAAGCAACAGGUGGAGACAAGGAAAAGGAGAGGAAGGAAGGGCCAGCACCAGGCCUACGAGCCCGGAGCCACUCAACACCUUUGCCUCCAUCCUCAAAAUCUUCCUCACCAUACUCACACCAUCAUCACCAUCACCACCCACACCAUCGGCCCUCACAUUACCACCAUUAUCGCAAACCUGAGAAAGAGUCAAGUAAGGCCUCACAGGGUACUUCGCAGUCAUCAACGCAAACUCAAACACAGGCCAAAGAGGGCAAGUCAGUCAGUUUUCUGCUGAAGUCAGACAAAGCCGAGAGGGAAAGGGAGCGAGAGAGAGAGAGAGACCGAGACAGAGAGAGGGAUCGAGACAGAGAGAGAGACACGCCAGUCACACAGUCAUCCAGCCAGGUUGACAUGGCUGCCUCUACUGCUGCCACCACAACCACUAGCCUUCCUCCAGCAUCACUGUCUUCAUCCACAUCAUCGGGGACACCGUCCACAUCCUCAGCAUCACAGAGGCCUCCAUCUCGCUCAGUUCAGCGUUCACACACUCCUCACACACACCUCCCUGCCUAUAAGCCCCCACCUGCAGACAGCCCCCUGCUCUGGACAUACCCAUCCGCAGGAUUCCGUCGGCCUCCAGCCUAUGACAGCUUGCGUGCUGGCACACCGAUGCCCUCCCUGCAGCCAGAGGGUAGUACCAAGGCUGGGAGCACCCAGGUCCCACAUGCCAAGGCAGGGUUCCUGCCCUGGGAUGCCAGCGGGAGUGGUCUAGGCUUCACUGAUGAUCAGGUGUACUGGCCCAUGCACAGGAAGCUGUCCUUCAGCCAUGGCAGCAGAGAGACAGAGAAAGAAGAAGGCCGUGUGUGGAAUGGCAGUACUGAUGCUCUGCUAAGAAGAGACAGAGAGGACGCUGGGGGUAGUGGCCGGGCUGGAGGCGUUUCUGGAAUCCCUGUGCGGGCAGCGGGAAGAAUUGGGCACAGUGAGAGUCUAGCGGGGGCGGAUGGGCCGCCAGGCUUCAGGGUAAUGCCCCGCACAGGACUGCCCCUGCCAUGCCAGACCUUCCCUGCCUGCCGCAACGGAGAGCUCGGCCGGCUGGGUAGAUCAUCCUCUACAUCUGGAGUGAGGCAGGCAGGAGGGGAUGUUCAGAGACAGAGUAGCCUGCCGGCUAGAGAAGCUCUCAAUCAGUUGCACGCUCUCUCUCAGGCGCCCUGCAGUCCCUCUCUGGCUCGUGCUCAGGCUCAGACCUUGACUCAGGCUCAGGCUCAGUUCCACCUGCAGCAGCUCCAGCAGCACCACCUGCAGCUGCAGUUCCAGCACCUGGCCCAGCUGGCAGCGCAGGCUCAGGCCAUGCCAGGCACAGGCAGCACCUCCGCCGGCACGGCAGGCAGCCCAGGCACAGCAGGCACAGCCACCCAGCGCGAUGGCAAGCUGCUGGAGGUGAUAGAGAGGAAGCGGUGCCUGUGCAAGGAGAUCAAAGCCCACCGGCGACCAGAUAAGAGCCUGUGCAAGCAGGACAGCAUGCCCAUCCUGCCCAGCUGGAGGAAAACGCCUGAGCCGCGUAAGACCGGCACACCACCCUGCCAGAGACCGCAGGCCGUGGUGUGGGACACGGCUAUCUGACAAAGAGAGAGUUGGAGAGACUGAGAUACACUGAUGUGCCACUUUAUUAGGUACAGCUAACUCGUGUCUACAUUCACCUGACACUUUAUCAAGUAAACCUCCCAUGUAGGGGUAUAACGUAAUGCCACUACGUGUAUCUGUAUAUGUUUAGUGCUCCAAAUAUCUGUAUUCAGUUUUAAACUCAAAGUGGGCAUGGCUUUUUUCAUUCUUUCUUUUUUUUAGAUUAAAUAUGAAUAUUAAAUAUUAAUUUAAAGAGAUAACUGCGCAGUUAUUUUCUUUGUUCGUACCUGCCCAUGAUUAGCUGGUUCUGUUUACCAAAGUAUAAACAAAUUACUAGCCUAAGUUAAAUCACUCUGACCCUUUCCAGGCACUGAAUAAAGAUUAAUGAAUGAACACCGUAAAAUCGUUCAGCACCACGCACUCGUUUACAAACGCAGUCUUUGUCUGACCCACAAGCUUCAUAUCUGACUGCUCACUCAUGCCUGUAUGAAAGCAAAAACCUCUCUCUAGCAUGGCUUUUUUGUUGCAUCCGGCAGGAUCCCAGUCCUGAUGCACUGAAAAAAAAAUCGAAUAAUGUGCCUCCUAUUCGUAUCUGGAUUUGCAUCUGUUUAGAACGCAUUAUCUGUUCAUUCUGAAGAUUCGUAUUCGGUUACAUCCUAACUUUGUAGAUAUACAGUUACUGACUGUAGCCCAUCUGUUGCUAUGCACCAAACCCCAAAAACACUGCUGUGCCUAAUACACUUGUACUACUGCAUCAUACAUGUCACUGCUGUCCUGAGAAGAUCCACCACUCAAAUAACGUCUUCUCAUUGGUCAUCCUGUGGUUUUUAUUAAUGGACAGGUUAGAGGGAGGCUGAUACAUUGAGCCAGAAAUACGCUACAGUUAGUAACUUUAUUCCUACAAAAUGCUCCUACAUGGUAUGUGUACAUGAUGAAAUGACAACUGAGUGUAUAUACAACAUAGCUGUACCUAAUAAAUUGGUAAAUUAGUGUACGUGUAAUAUCUGCAAGAGAGAAAGUUUAAACGAGUAGAAAGAGGAUGGAGGGAAUAUUAAUAAGAUUGGACAGGUGAGGAACCUGUGAAUGUGGAAAAAAGACGGGUGUAUUAUAAAGAUGUAGAGUUCAUAUUGUAUAUCUCUGGGUUUUUUUUUUGUUUUGGUUUGUUUUUUUGGGGGGAGGGGGUUAUAAUAUCACAGCGUUUUAUGUGCCAUAUAAAGACAAUAUAUACAUAAACACACGGGAGAGACACAUUUCAGUCGGGACUCUCUUUUACCUACCAUGCCUCAUCGCGACUACUAAGAGAACUACACUGAGUUUACAGCCUUUUAAAAAACAUACUGGACUUCUUACACAAACGUUUGGAGCUCUCUAUACAUAUUCUUGAACGGAUGGAGAAUUUCUCCAGCCAGGAUGACGGAGGGAUGAAAAGAUGAUGAAAUACUUGACACAUCUGGAUGACAUGGAAGUACAGCGGGGCGCUUCUACAUUCCAGAGGGAUAUGUGUGUGUGUGUGUGUGUGUGUUGGGUAUAUGAGCUAUCAUGACAAAGAUUUUAAGGCUGUGGCCAGUCUGUUAAUGAACAAGCUGAAGUGUAUGCGUGUGCGUGCGUGCGUGUGUAUUUGUGUGUGUGUGUGUGUGUGUGUGUGUGUGUGUGAGUGUCUGGAAUGUGGAUAUGGACAGGACAGACUUAAAAUGAAAGACCUGGAAAGUGAUAAUGCUGUAGAUGAGCACAUAGUGUGUGUAGAAUUAAAAUGCAACUAGUUAAAUUCAACAAAAAAAAAAAUACACACACCUACACAGACCAGAAGGUAUCAUUCAAACACUCACACGCACUCAAUACAUACUUACACUGCUUAAGCAAACACAGACACACACACACACACACACACACACCAAUAUGUACAUUUCACACACAUGCAAACACACACAGACACACACACACACCAGUACAUACUUACACUGCUAAAUCAAAACACAGACGCAUUGUAAAGUACAGAGGUGUGUAUUGCCGGCGUAGUUUGUAUGAGUGCUUAUUUGCUGGGUUUCUCGUUAUGUUGAUAUUAUUGAUCGAGCGUGAAGGUGACCAGUCUCUGGUUGCAGCUUGAUUGUUUAUACUACCUAAGAGUUAAACACAGAAAGAGAUGAUUCUCACACGCUCUUUUUUGACUUUUGUAGCAAUUUGCUUCCGGAAACAUAACUGGAGUCUGUUCACACAGAGCAGACUCCCACAAAAGAGCUUCAUCACAUCAUGCACAAUAAGCAGCAAGACCACGAAUGUCCACUUUGAUGUGACGGAGACGUCAAACGAUGAAAUUCUAGAUGAAAGUCUCAUUGCUUAGUGUACUUACAUAAUCAGCAAGAUAAUAGACGGGAAAUAGAAGCUAGCUGUUUAGUGGACUAUUAAAGGAAUACUCCACCGUUUUUCAACUGCAUUUCUAUCCAACACAUCUGUUUAUGGAAUAAAUUUUUUUUUACUCUGCUGCGCAAGCAUUCAAAGUAAGAACAGCUUUGUGAAGACAUUUCUUUCAUACUAAGACCUUUAUUGUUAAAGUGUAAUGACCUUUUUUUUUUUGUCACGUAUUGUAAAUGUUUAUUGAUGGAAUUCAACAGCUGCCCUUAGUUUUGAAUUAAAAAUAGUGAGUAAAAAGCUUCUUUCUUUUACUAGACCAGGGAAACAAGUCAAAAUUGCAGACUGUGAUAAUCAAAUGUAUGUUACAGACGUGUUGGAUGGAAGUUGCAUUGAAAAACACUGACGUUUUCCUUUAACAUUGUUUAACAUCAGGUGUAUCCAUGCUGAAAAUCACGAUCUCAUUUCGAUCUGCUCGGUUAUGGUUUGGCAUUUUGGGCAGUUUGGGCAUUUUGGAUUCGGAGGCUGAGAAAAUCUUUGUAAAUGAAUCUGUUGUCAUUGUCAUUUUCCGUGUCUGGCAUCAGUGCUUGUGUCAUUAUUUAUUUAAACGGCUUCUUGGUCCGUAGGAGGAUGAAGAAAGUGUGUUGGAGUGCCAGACCUAAAUCAGAGCAGUGAAGAUCGACAAUUGCGUGUUUCAGGAUGAUGAAAUCAGAUCGGAUAAUCUAUAUCUGGAUGGAUCUGCAGAUGGAUCCAUGACUCUGUAUCAUACGCUAAUCCAUGUACAUAAGUUAAAGUAUUAUUGCCUCUUCAUAUCAGUGACAGCGUCAUCAUAGGUGUCAAUCAUAUGGAAUUGUUGCAGAGAUUCAUUUGAGGUUGGUUAAGGUUCAAUCACUCUUACUUACACACACACACACACACACACACACACACACAUACACAUACACGAACACACACACAGGCUCUGCCAUUCAUAUCAGACACUAAGAGGCAAACCAAGAUAAACUUUUGUUCCUUUGCUGUGUGGCCUGGACGAUCACGCUCCUCAAACGAAUAAACAAAAUGCUGGAACUAACCGCACAAUACAGAAACAACAAAAAUGCGAAAUCACACGCGAUGUGCUAAAAUAAACACACAAGGGUUUGAAAUUGUAAAAUAGAUAUGUAAAACUGUAUUGAUUAUGUAGCAAUUCUUUCCACUUUCAUACUUGUAAUCGACAAGUAUACUGUAGCAUACGAUGUAUAAAAAGUACAAGGUGUUUAAUUGUUUUAUAAAGGAAUUUAGUAGUUCUAUCUGUGGCAACCUGUCUACACUGUACCGAAUGGUUUGGCCCGUUGAAAUGCAAGCCCUCUUACUAAAGGCACGGUCACAGACACAACAAUACAGUAUCUCCUGCUAAAAUUAUGCAAGUCCCUUUAAACAGGUCUACUUUUACUGCUUUUUUAAUCUAUUUGUUUAUUUAUGUACAGGAACCACCAGCCCAGUUUGGUCACUGUUUGGAUAUUUUGGAAUACUUUUGCUGCUAUUGAAUUACUACUGCUGUUAUAAAUAGUUUGUCAUAUUCCUCACUACUGGUAACACUUCUCUUAUUAUACCUCUUCCUUUUUUUGCUGCAUUUGACUUUCCUCUAUUUUUUAUGUUCUUGAGGUCAGAGUAGAACGGAGUUUGGCCUAACUAUUGACGAGUAGAUCUUUCCGUGAUUGUACUAUGGCACGCAAGUGGUUUUUUCCGUUCUUCUUGUGGUUGUGUUUUAACUUCGUUGUUUCUUUCUAAACAGUUAUCACCAACUUGUACAGUUUUCACUUUAUCAACACUACUGAGAAACGGAAAGGUCACAUUGCAGCGUCGUCAACGCCAUUACCGUCUUCAUGGUGUCAUUAUGGUGUCACCCUGGUGUGGUUAUGGAGUUACCAUAAAGCUAUUGUGGUGUCAUCAAGGCCUCGUCAUGAUGUUACUAUGGUGUCAAUCAUGGUAACACCAUUUGACCACUUUUUACCCUGAUAUUGUCAUGGUGUUACAGUGAGGUUACUAUGGUGUCAUUAUGGUGUUCUAAUGAUGUUACCAUGGUGUUGAUAGCAAUCACAGUAAUGCCACAAGACCAUAUUGAGUAUACUGAUACUGUUAUUCUGGUGUUACCAAGAGGUUACUGUGGUGUCUCAUGGUGUUACCUUGAGGUUGCUGAAGUGACAUUAUGAUGUUACUGAAAGGUUUCUGUGCUGUCAUCAUGGUAUUACCGAAAGGUUACUGUGGUGUCAUCCUAGUGUUAUUGUGAUCACUGGGGUGUCGUCAUGGUGUUAACCUGAGGUAACUAUGGCGUCAUCAUAGUGUUCUCAUGAUAGUCAUGGUAACACCAUAUGACAGUCAUGGUAACACCAUAUGACCUAGUUGGCCACUAUGUGUUCCCUAUCAGUGUCCUUGUGUCAUCAUGAGGUCACUGUGGUGUCAUCAUAGUGUUACUGUGGUUACACCAUGGUGUUCUCCUAAUGAUACCAUGGCAUUUUUGGCAAUUGUGGUAACACCAUCACCGUGGUGCUCUCAUGACUGUUCCACAAUGACGCUGACAAUCACCACAUGACCCAGGUUGGCACUAUCAGUACAAUCUCUGUCAAACAGAAAGGAGAAUCACAACAGAGGAAGUAGAGGGCUGGUGCAAUGCAUGCUGGGAGUUCUCAAAGGAUUCCAACUUAGAGAAGGGUUGGGCUGUGUCUCGGUCUGAAUAAACUGUGCCCAAUUUGUACUUCAAAUAUACUAAGUAAUCAUCUAGUUACAAUUUAUUACAAUGAAGGGGUAGAAUUAAUGAUAAAACUAGUUUACAGAAGCUGUCGGCUUUGCGUGUCUACUUAAAUGGUGGCCAUAUUAUGAGUGCCAUAAUAUAUUGAUAUGGUAAGAUACGAUGUACCUUGGAAAUCACUGUAGUGCUAUAUUUGCAUUGAUAUCGUCAUGAAAUAAAUUUUAUAUGAUGAACUGAA